GGGAUCGCAUGAUAGAUAAUUGGAAGCCCCAUUUGCAUGUGUUCAUGGUCUGUGGCUGAUCGACGUCAGUAAUUAACUGCCACACCUGAUCCUAGUGAAGAAGGAUCUUCUACGGGACCCCGAGCCAACAGACAUUUUUUCUAACUUUGGGCUUGGACCACGGUUUGACCACUGUUAUUAAUCCUCGUCAGUCGAUACCGGCCAAAUAGCCGCAAUUGUAUAUCCUGCCGACCGACCGACCGAUCUAAAACCGAGGUGGCUCUUGCUUAUUGAUCCUGCACCUAUUUUGACUCGGAGGGAGGUUUUCUUUCACAAUUUGGUCGAGGCCGCGAUUUAUACUUGGUGUCGUAUAGCUGGAAAAGGACGCACGCAUUGCUGUCACAUAUACACCGCUAUCUGACCAUGUCCGUCAUGCUUCGUAACAUGGCUCUGCUAUUAUUUACUUUGUUCUCCUGGCGGGCCUUUGCUGCUUCGGAUAUCACAUAUUGCUCUUCGGUGAAUACGGGAGCUUCGAACUCUGCUAAUGUCAGUGUGUAUCAAUCAAAUGGACUUUGUACAGACACAUGUAAUUCCGACUAUGCUUUCGGGAUUCUUCAAGGGAAGAGUUGUUGGUGUUCGAACAUUGCGCCCAACAAAGCGACCAACGUUGAUACGACGAAGUGUGAUACAGGGUGUCCCGGGUAUCCCGAUGAUAGUUGUGGAAGUGCAUCCAAGGGUGUUUUCGCUUAUAUCCAGAUGAACUUGCAUUCGCCAUCGGGAACAGCCACUGUUUCGUCGAGCACGUCAACUACUACAGAGUCAUCGACAAAAUCGACGGACUCUUCCAAAACCACAGAAGCACCUACGACGAGCUCAACUCAAUCAAUCGAAACCGUUGCCGGAGAGGUCAAAACGAUCACGGUCCCCAAUGCAAAGCCAACGGCAGAUUCAAGUGCCGGCAUGUCUGAGAAGGAUAGUAGUAGCAGCUCGGGUUUAAGUGGAGGCGCAAUUGCUGGCGUGGUAGUCGGCUCGCUCGGCGGCUUGGCUGCUAUUAUAGCCAUCUUCUUCUUGAUCUUCUUCAAGAAACGCCAAGCGCGUUCGACAAGCCCAAGCCCAAGCGUCUCAAAUGGCUUGCUGGAUGGUAGAAACAGCAAAGGUUCUCAGAUGAGCGUCGCGAAUCGAGCAUUCUCGGAUACCCAUAGCCAUACAUUAUCUGCCGGAUCCUCAAGACUACCAACGUUUACCGAUACUCGCUUGAAAACGGAUACUGUACUGUACGCAGGCGGCCGUCGUGACAGUGACGUGUCGCUUCAGGACAAUGAAGACUAUUCUCGGCCAGUUCUUCGGCUUACGAACCCCGACUGAUAAGAUCCACAAGAGAUCCUGGCUACUUCUUCUGUCUUCACUUU